CCCAGCGACCCUGCUGAGUGGAGUUAAGAGUCCGGCAGACCUGGCACACUUCGGCUCCCCACUUAGAGAACCCACCCGGCCAGAGGGCCCCUCUUCCCUGAACAUGUGGGAGGAAAUGCCUUUUUCCAGCCACAGGAUGGGCAGCGGCAGAAGGAAGGUCAUCUGGGCUCUGUGCUUCCUGCUGCUUCUCCUUGAAGCUGGCUCUGCCAAGAAUCUCUGGAAACGGGCAUUGCACACUAGGCUGGCCGAGAAGUCCCGCGCCGAGGAGGCGGCGGGCCCCCGGCAGCCCCGCGCCGACCGCUGCCCGCCGCCGCCGCGCUCGCUGCCCCCCGGCGCCUGCCAGGCGGCGCGCUGCCAGGCCGACUCCGAGUGCCCGCGGCACCGGCGCUGCUGCUACAACGGCUGUGCCUACGCCUGCCUGGAGGCCGUGCCGCCCCCGCCAGUUUUAGAUUGGCUAGUGCAGCCGAAACCUCGAUGGCUUGGUGGCAAUGGCUGGCUUCUGGAUGGCCCUGAGGAGGUGUUGCAAGCCGAGGCCUGCAGCACCACAGAGGAUGGGGCGGAACCCCUCCUCUGCCCCUCGGGCUACGAGUGUCACAUCCUGAGCCCUGGGGAUGUAGCCGAGGGCAUCCCAAACCGCGGGCAGUGUGUCAAGCAGCGCCGGCAGGCAGAUGGGCGGUUCCUCCAACACAAAUUUUACAAAGAAUACCCAGAGGGUGAUUCCAAGAAUGUGGCGGAGCCUGGGAAAGGGCCCCAGAGGCACUUUCAAUAAGUCUGCGGGGCCGCCAAUUGUGAGAACAUUCCUCCAUUUUUCUGCUAAGUCUUGGAAACAGUUGGAUAAAACAUGAUUUGACCCCCGGAGGUCAUGCGCAGCUUGACAGAGCAUGACCCCAAAACUACUUAGAGGCAAGACAGCUGGCUCUCAAUGCCAGCAUGAUGCAACUGGCUGGGUGACUUUGUGGGAGCCCCUUGCCAACUCCGGGUCCCUGUCUUAUUGUCCUGAAGCAAAGCACACCUAGCAGAGUCCCACUUGACCUGACGGCCCCACAGACCCCACCUUGGGAAGAGGUCACUGCCUUUGGGAGCUGCACGAAGCCCCUUUCUCAGAGAGAGUUCGACAUCUUGUUUACUACACAUUUCUUCCAGAUUUGUCUCUGGGAGCCAUGUACCUAUCCCAGAUGUUCUCAAAAUAAAUUGCUCCGUACAAA